AUGGAAGCAACUUGUCUAUUUUCCACAGCACAUCCUCCUCUGCCAUUUUCCCUGCUGGGAAAACCAGAGUGUAAGAAAAUGAGAUUCUUGCAAGGGAAAAGAUCGAGCGCCAUGGUUUUCGCUGCUGGAAGAGACUAUAGAGGAGGCUUGGUCGACAAAAGCAUGAUCAUCCUGAGGAAACGCAUUCAUGAGAUGAAAAUGAUUGAGAGGAAUUAUGAGCCGCCGGAGGAAUGGACGGAAUGGGAGAAGCGAUAUUACACGUGCUAUGAUGAGUAUAUUUGUCAAGUUGUGGGUUUGUUGCAAUCGUAUUUGAUGAACACCAGGCCCAGCUUCUCUCUUGGGAUGCUUGCGCUCAUCACCAUGAGCGUCCCGGCAUCGACGGUCAUGAUUGUGCUUCGCUUGAUUGAGGGGGCUAACGGGGUCCUCUCUGCCGUUCAUCACGGUUGA